AUGUCUGGGGAAUCCUUAUAUGAGUAUUACGAGCGCUUUAAGGCAUUGUUAUCCAGUUGUCCUCACCACCAAAUUUCAGAUACAUUGUUGAUUCAAUAUUUUCAUGAAGGGCUCUUGCCUCUUGAGAGAGAUUUACUAGAUUCUGCUGCUGGAGGUGCUCUUCUUGACUUGACUGUUGAAGCUGCUUGGAGAUUGAUUGAAAAGAAAGCUGAAAAUACCCAACAGUUUGGUACUAGGCAGCAAGCUAGAGUAAAUGAAGUUGGAUUGCAUUCAUCUUAUUCUGAGUCUCGCCUUGAGAGCAAAAUUGAUAAGUUAACAUCUGCUAUGGAGAAAAUGGUUGUAUUUCAGAUGAAAAACUCCCAAAAUAUGGCUCCUUCUGUGGGAUCUUCCUCUGCUUUCAUCCCACAAGCUGACUCUACAGCUCUAAUUGGGCCACUUUGCUCUAUUUGCUCUCUAGCUACUCACACCACUGACUCUUGCCCUUACCUAAAUGAUGGAGUUGACUCGUGUAAUGCAGUAUACCACACUAAGCCUAUGACUCAAGGUGGCCAGAAAUAUGAUCCUUACUCAAAUACAUAUAACCUUGGAUGGCGUGACCAUCCAAAUCUCAGAUAUGGGAGUGGCCAGCCUCAACAAUCACAGUUCAAUCAAGGCAUAAACUCUUCUGGUGGUAAAAUGUUCCAACAAGUUAGGCAAACUAUGCCCAAUCAAGAUGAGAGUUCAAAGUUAGAAGGCAUGAUGAAACUCCUGAUGGAUAAGUUUGAACAAAAGGAUUUGCAACAUAGCCAAGAAAUUCAGAAUCUUCAAACUCAAAUUGGGCAGUUAUCUAAUGCAUUUAGUAACAUGCAAAGUCAAGGCUCAGGGAAGUUGCCAUCUCAAGUAGUAGUUAACCCUAAUGUUGGCACCCAGCAGAAUCCUAACAUUGGUGGAAUUAAUGCUAUAUCUCUUAGAAGCGGAAAUUCAAUUACCUCUGCAGAUCCUGUCACUACCCAUGCUUCAACGGACAAGGAAGCUAUCAUUAAAGAUUCUCCCCCUGCUUCCACAUCGCAUAAUAAGUCCACUUUAUCAACACCACAUGUGGCAUUGCAAGAAGAGCAAGAAAAAGAUGGGGAAGGGAAGAAAGUGAGCGAGCAAGUCUUACCUUUUCCUACAGGGGUGAUUAAGGCUGAAAGGAGAAAGAAAGAAGCUGAGAUGUUCAAAGAAGUUUAUGAUAUCUUCAAAAAGGUGGUGAUCAAUGUUCCAUUAGUUGAUCUAGUUGCACAAGUGCCUAAGUAUGCGAAGUUUUUGAAGGAGUUGUGUACCACCAAGAGAAGGCUUAAGCAUGAUGGCAAAGUUGACUUAGGGGCGGUUGUCUCCUCUCUUUAUCAAAUGCCAAUGCCAGUGAAGUGCAAGGAUCCUGGUAGCUUUCUCAUACCGUGCACCAUUGGUAACAUUGAGUUUUCAGAUGCUCUAGCAGAUCUAGGAGCGGCUAUCAAUGUCAUGCCAAAAUCAGUUUUUGCUCAACUUCAAGGUGUGGAUCUUAAGCCUACAAAUCUAAUCGCUUCUCUUGCUGACAGACGCUGUGUAGUUCCAGAAGGAGUCUUGGAGGAUGUCUUGGUGAAGGUAAAAGAUCUCAUAUUUCCUGCAGACUUCUAUGUUCUUGAUAUGGAUGAUGCUAGAUUUAGGCAAAAGGGACAUUCAUCUUUGAUUUUGGGUAGGCCAUUUCUUAAGACUGCUAGGGCUAUGAUAGAUGUGCAUGCUGGUACUCUUACUAUGGAAUUUGCUGGUAAAAUCAUUAGAUUUGAUGUGCUUGACUCUAUGAGACAUCCACCUGAUAGUUGUGCUGAGAUUGAUGUUAGUUUUGUUGACAUUAUUACUGAUGAUGCUGUCAUAGAUUUUAGAGAUAGUAUGAUAAGUAGAUCAUGUGAUAUUGUUGGCUUAGAUGAUUCUAUCUCUUGUUCAUGUUCUGAAAUUGGUAGUUGUGAUACUUGUACUGGUAUAGAUGCUGCUGAUAUUGAUGUUUUCACUGAUUUCAUUGAGAUUGUUAGACAUUCUAGUUUUGAUUCUUCUGCACCUGUCCAUAGACUUGGCACUUUCAGUGAUUCCUCAUCUAGUACUUCUGUUGAUUCACAUGGACUCUCUCAGUUACUUAGUAGGUCUUUGAUUCUGAUCGAUGUUGCUUCUGACAUGAGUGCUACUGAUGGCACUUCUUUCAUGAAUUGUGGCAUAUUAUCUGAUUCUUCUGUUGUUACUGUUCCUGCUAAUGAUUCCCAAGUUGGGAAAGUCUGCUCUUUUGCUUGUGAGUCUUCAAUGCAGGUUUCUAGUUUGACUAACAUUGAUUUGAAGCCCCUCGUGCCCUCAAUUGAGCAAGCUCCUUCUUUAGAGCUAAAGCCACUUCCUGAUUCGCUGAAAUAUGCCUAUUUGGGGGAAGAUGAGACAUUGCCAGUGAUUCUAGCUAGCGACAUAGCUGUUGAUGAAGAAAUUCGCCUCCUGGAGGUGCUGAAAAGAAGGAUGAAAGCUAUUGGAUGGACUCUUGCUGAUAUUCCUGGAAUUAGCCCUAAUGUGUGCAUGCACCGGAUUUUGUUAGAGGAUAGUGCCAAAGCUGUGCGUCAGCCACAGAGGCGACUCAACCCAUUGAUUCUUGAUGUGGUAAAGAAAGAGGUUUCUAAACUUCUUUCUGCAGGUAUAAUCUAUCCCAUUUCUGAUAGCCAGUGGGUUAGUCCGGUUCAGGUAGUUCCGAAAAAGACUGGUAUUACUGUUAUUCGUAAUGAUGAAGGUGAGCUUGUUCCAACUAGAGUCCAGAAUAGCUGGAGGGUUGAUAAAGCCAAAAUUGAUAUUAUUUCAUCUCUUCCAUAUCCCUCUUGUGUGAAAGAUGUGCGCUCUUUUCUUGGACAUGCUGGAUUUUACAGGCGAUUCAUUCAGGACUUUAGUAAAAUUGCAUUACCAUUAUCUCGUUUACUGCAGAAAGAUGUGGGCUUUGUUUUUGAUGAUGCUUGUAGGUGUGCUUGGGAUGAGUUGAAAAAGCGACUCACUACACCUCCUAUCAUUCAGCCACCUAAUUGGAGCCUUCCCUUUGAGCUCUUGUGUGAUGCUUCUGAUUAUACAUUGGGUGCAGUUCUUACUCAGAGAAUAGAAAAGCGGCAACAUAUCAUAGCAUAUGCAUCACGGACACUGGAUGCCACCCAGGCUAAUUACACAACCACAGAGAAAGAGCUAUUUGCAAUUGUGUUUGGGCUUGAGAAAUUUCGUUCUUACAUCCUCCACACAAAAGUGACUGUCUUUACAGAUCAUUCGGCUAUCAAGUACUUGUUCAAGAAGCCAGACUCUAAACCCCGCUUGAUUAGAUGGGUAAUGCUGAUACAGGAGUUUGAUGUGGAGAUCCGUGAUAAGAGCGGUGCAGAGAACAUGGUAGCUGAUCACUUGAGUAGGAUUGAGACUCCUGUGGUAACAUCUUCUUUACCCUUAGAUGAUUUUCCUGAUAAUAGACUUUGUGGAGUUGAUAUGACUGUUCCGUGGUAUGCUGACAUUGCUAAUUAUCUGGCUGCAUCUGUUUUACCAACUGAUAUGAAUAAGCAUCAAUUAAACAAGUUUAAGAGUGAUGCUAGGUUCUAUAUAUGGGAUGAUCCCUACUUGUGGCACAUUUGCAAUGAUCAGGUUAUUAGGCGAUGCAUUCCUGAUAGUGAAUUUGAAUCUGUGUUGACAUUUUGUCACACUCUUGCUUGUGGAGGGCACUUUAGUGCUAAGCGUACUGCUAGGAAGGUUUUAGAAAGUGGGUUAUUCUGGCCCACUCUAUUCCAUGAUGCCCACGAGUUUUGUAAGAAGUGUUCAGGCCAAUUUGUUGGCAAUAUUUCCAGGAAGCAUGAGAUGCCUCAACAGCCACUGUUGUUCUGUGAAGUCUUUGACGUUUGGGGUAUUGAUUUCAUGGGACCUUUUCCUACUUCAUUUGGUUAUGUUUACAUUCUGCUUGCUGUGGAUUAUGUCUCUAAGUGGGUUGAGGCAAUCCCCACUCGUACUAAUGACUCUUCUGUAGUGGUUUCUUUUGUCAGGUCUCACAUCUUCUGCAGGUUUGGAAUCCCAAGAGCUAUCAUUAGUGAUCAGGGUACUCAUUUUUGCAACCGAAGUAUGCAGAGCUUACUGAGCAAGUAUGGUGUGAUGCAUAAGGUGGCUACUCCAUACCACCCUCAGACAAACGGUCAAGCAGAACUCUCAAACAGAGAAAUUAAGCUCAUUCUUGAAAAGACAGUGCAACCUAACAGAAAGGAUUGGAGCAAGAGGCUGGAUGAUGCACUCUGGGCAUAUCGUACAGCAUAUAAAAGCCCAAUUGGAAUGUCCCCAUAUCGAAUUGUCUUUGGUAAGGCUUGUCAUCUGCCAGUAGAGGUGGAGCACAAGGCAUAUUGGGCCAUCAAAAGCUGCAGCCUUGAUCUUGCUAGUGCUGGUGUUGAAAGAAAGUUACAAUUGCAAGAACUUGAAGAGCUUAGGAGAGAAGCCUAUGAGAAUGCUCGGAUCUACAAGGAAAGGACCAAGGCUAUCCAUGAUAAGCUCAUCUUAAGAAGGGAGUUUCACGUGGGCCAAAAAGUUCUACUUUAUGUCUCUAGACUUAAAUUCAUGCCUGGUAAGCUCCGUUCUAGAUGGGAGGGACCUUUUAUUGUUACUAAUGUUUUUCCCUAUGGUGCUGUAGAGAUUAAGAGAGAGCCAACUGGAAGAUGCUUUACAGUCAAUGGUCAUCGCUUGAAGCCUUACUACGAGGGGUUCUCUACCCAAGAUGUAGAGGUUAUCACACUACGAGACGCCACGUAGCCUUGGU